UAGUUUUCUCAAUUUUAACGUUUCAAGGUAAUCAGACGAAGCAAAGCGCUUCAAGAGAAUACCAAAAUGAACCGUUUAGCUCUCCUCAUCUUCGUGGCUUCAGCCUCCGCCUACAUCACCCGCGAUUCUGAGUGUCCCAAGUUCAAAAGUCUUGACAACUUCAAUUUUAAGUCUUUUAGCGAAGGCGUUUGGUUCGAACGCGCGAGGUACCCUGAUGACAUUGUGAAAGACGGUAAAUGUGGUAUCGUUAAAUACAAACAAGACGGUGAUGUCAAGAAAAUUAAGUACACAUUUGUCAACAACCACAAACCUAUGAGCUUCGAGGGUACUGUCAAGUUUGCAAACGACGCUGAACCCACUGGCAAAUUGAUUCACCAUUUGCCUAUAGGAGCUAACGGCACUAACAUUGAUAUUGAUCUGAACAUUCUGACUGUUGACUACGACAACUUCUUCAUCAGUUACUACUGUCAAUUCGACGAGGUUAAGAAUAGCUACCGAGAAGCCUCUUGGAUCUUCUCAAGAUCUAAGACCUUAUCUGAAGAGGCCAAGUCUAUAUUAGACAAUUUUGUCAAGGACUCCCAGUUUCUGAAUGCUGAUAAAUAUGUGUGGCCUUCAGUCAGUGACGAGGACUGCUUGGUAAACGCUUAAAUGCACAUAAAACGUUUUUUUUUUUUUUGUAAAAUUUUUACUAAUGUCAAUUUCUUGCAGAA